UGAUCGCUUCCUGGCCAAUGCCGUCUCUUUUUUCCUUGGAUCUUCCUUCUCGUCCUGGCCUUUUCUCUGUUUGCAACUCCAACCGAUAUACACCUCGUUUCUUCGUCUUUCCUGCCUACUUUCUUUCUCGGUUGCUUCGCUGCCUUCGCCCUCCUCGUUUCCUUCACUCGUUCUUAACUUCCUCCUUUCUGCUUCGUCCUUUUCUUCUGCUUCCUCUCUCUCCUCUCUGUCUAUUCCUCCCCUUGCUCCCUUCUCCAGCGUUACCUUCUGCUCCGCGUCAUUCCUUGCUCUCCUCGUUUUUUCCUUCCCUCUCCUCUUUUUUUCCUUCCCUCUCCUUCUCCUUUCUUUCUCUAUGGAAGACCCUCAGGUGUGGACGUUUGUCGGCUCUCGACGGAGAGGCCGCCGUUUGAAGAACCUCGGCGACGGAACAAGCGAGGGAUCUCCCUCCUCGCUCGCGCCUCCCGCCGGAAGCGAGAACUUUCCCCCUGCGUCGCCGCCAGUGGUUGCUCCGCCGCGAAGCGAGGAAGGCUGGAAAGAGGACGCGACUCGGGCAAACCAGAGUGUAAGGAGCACCAGAGACAGACGGCGGCGCCAGGGCCGGAGAGGCGAACGGACUGUCGAGGAAGUCGAAACUCUCGUCCAAGAAAAAAUUCUUGCAUGCGCGAAGGAACUGGAACACUCAGAGUUCUGGCGCAGCUGUAAAGACACCCUGGAGCGCGCGAUCCAGUAUUUGCGAAUGGCCUCUUCUGAAAACACAGGGACAGCUGCAGGUCGCUCUUCAUGUCGGGGAGGCUUCUCUACGUCUUCCGCGGCCUCUUCGUCUCUCGCUUCUUCAGAUUUCUGCAUCGCCCCGAUUGCCGCGGUUGCGGAGCUCUCUCCGCAUGGCUGCUUUGCGUCUUCUCCUCUGUCGUCUUUCCAGCUCGCGGAGGCGGUUGCGUCCUCGUCGGAGUCUCGUCUCCACGCGGCGUCUUCUGUGGAGGCGCCUCAGAGAAAGGAAUCGCUUCCGGGGGCUGCUGCUCACGCUGCAGAAAGACGCGCGUCACCUCGGGAGAUUCCGGUCGAGGACGAAGAGGAGACGACUCUCUGCGAAGCGCGAGUGCCUGUCCAGAACGAAGACAGUGCGCUCAAGACAGCGGAGACGACGCAGGGCGAGGGAAGGCCAUGCGAGAAAGGGGAAGAGAAGCUGAAGGAAGAGCAGACACGGAAGAGACAGGAUCCGACGCUCCAGCAAGAACGCAAAGAACGCGAAGGAGACGGCGCAGAACGAAACUGGCAUGGAAAAUGUACGUUGAUUUGUCUAGGUCUGGGGAGCCCGACGGAGUGUAGUGACACCGCAAGUUGUCGCUACCAGCUAGGCCUCGCUCUGUUGAUCAAGCGCAUGCUCAACAUUUCUGAAGCUUCCACGUUCAUUGCCGAUCCGGCCAUGACUUUGACGGAUUUCGCGCUCCUCCAGAGACUGGGAUUUUCUCCACAGCCUGUCGUUCCUGGUCGCGUCCUUCCACCCGUUCUCCACCGCGACAUUUCGCGUUUUUUUUCCUGCCCUUGCUCGUCUUCGCGAGAGUCGUUGUCCCCUCCGCUUCCAUCCACCUCCCUGGGUGCUUCUUCGGCGUCGGGCGCGCCCUUCUCGGCUGCGUCCUCAAACGCCUCUACUGUGUCUCUGCCUCUGUCGCCUUCGGCUAGACUGGCUUCUUCGGCUGUCUCGUCUGGAGCGUCCGCGUCGCCUAACGCGGCUUGCUCGAGCUGGCAUUCGCACCGCGAGCUCGCCUCUGCGCCGCGCGACUCGAGGGAGUUGUUCGUUUUUCUCCUGCCGCACUGUGACGCCGAUCUGUACGGCGCCGUCCUCAGCGAGUACUUUCUGCUGGCUCCAUUCUGCGCUUCCUGCCUGCGCCCCGGGUGCCGCGCCUGUGGCCAGUGCAUGCAGCGAUGCCGUGAACCCGGCAGGGAAGGCCAUGCCCGAGACAAGGAAGCAAACGAGACAAAGAGCGAAAAGGAAAAUGGGCUGGACGCAGAUGGACGACAGCCAGCCGCGCAAGAGGAAAAGGAAAAAGAGGCGACGUGGAGACAGAGGCAAGACGGGGAGACAAAGAGGGAGCCGACGCCGCGUCGAGAGGCAUCUGCUGAACGGCGUCAGAGGGCAACCGAAGCGGAAACGCGUUUCCAGGCACAAGCGAGGUCGUUCCUUCUCAUUGGCAAUGCCUUCUCCACCUACACGAUGCGAACUCUGCGCUUCCAGCCUUUCGUCUUCGAGCCUUUUCCACGUUCAGAAGACGAGAAGUCUCACGUAGCUGUGGGGAACAGCAGACGCGAGGAGAAACGCGAUAGCGAAGGAGAAAACACCCAGCUGAAAACGACUGUCGCGGCGCCUCUGAACCCUCGAGGUGUACAGACAGGUGUGCCAGCGACCGCCGAGGGCCGACAAGCAGAGACCGUUGAUGGACACUGGAAGACGAACGAGGAGACGACUCAGAAAGCGAAUGCUAGUCAGGGAAAGGAACCGACAGCCGGUGGGGAAGAUGCCGUUUCUUUGCCUUCCUCUUCUUCUCUUUCGUCCUCGUCUUCAUCUCCCUGCUCGUCUUCCUCUCGUUCAUGUUAUGUCUCUUCUUGGUCUUCGACAGUUUCUCUGCCUUCUUCUUCGUCUUGCUCUUCUUUCGUUUUUCCCCUUUCGUCUUUUUCGCCUUCUUCUUCUGCUUCUUUUUCCUUGUUGUCUCCCCUUCGCUCUGCACACCUCGUCUUUUAUUUGCAGGAUCGGCUGCGCGAGUGUCGGCUGGACGGCGCUGCCUUUGCUGCUUAUCCGCGGGCAUUCAACGACUUGGCUGUGAUGCAUGCAGAUUUGGAAAAAUUCCCUUGUUCCCAUUCGUCGUUCUGGGCGGAUGUCGCUGCCGAACUCUCUAGAGUUGCUGGAAACGAGACAAAUACGAAGCGAAAACGCCGUGGGAAGCGCGAGGCUUCUCGUAGAUGAUUCUGCGUUUUCGUUAGACCCUGUCCGACUGCUUUGUCUCUGUUGGUUUCUGAUCCUCUGUCCAUCUUCGCUCUCGUUUGUCUUGUUAAGAGUCUCUUGCGCUCCCCAGUUCCUGGGAGGAGGAGACACAUGCCCGUGAAUUCUUCUGCAGAUGCUUAUGUAUCUGGGGCUCUGUCAAAGCGCUUCUUCCUUCGGAGGACGGUGGUGCGUUCCACGCUUUCGUCUGUCUUGGCAGAACGCGGCGAAGUCUACGCGGCGGACGACAGUUUUUUAUUCUGUUUUCUCGCGUUUCCCAGAGCAUACAGACAGCUGGUACCUAACCGGGAUGCACCACAGACAACGCUGCUGUAUCCAAUCAGAGACUUCCGCC